AUGAAGAUUUUCAUCUUUGUGCUAGCAUGUCUGCAGCUCUCUCAUGGGCUUGUCAGGGUUUCUCUAAGUAAGGGGAAGUCCAUCCGACAGAAUAUGAGGGAAGCUGGAGUGCUGGACAAGUAUUUGGAAACCCAUAAAAUUGAUCUGUCUGACAAGUACAGGGGAUAUGCUGUUGCUACUGAGUCUAUGUAUUUUGAUACUUAUUACUAUGGACCAAUAAGUAUUGGAACACCACCUCAAAAUUUUCUGGUUCUUUUUGAUACUGGAUCCUCCAACCUCUGGGUUCCAUCAACCUACUGUCAGAGUACAGCCUGCACAAACCAUCAUACAUUUAACCCAAGCCAGUCCUCCACCUACUCUUCCAAUGGACAGCGGUUCAACAUGGGUUAUGGUGGUGGGAAUGUUGCCAGCAGUGUUACUGGAGUGUUUGGCUCUGAUACAGUUUAUAUUCAAGGACUUACCAUCCCAAAUCAAGAAUUUGGACUGACCAUUACAGAACCCAGUGGUAAUUUCUACUAUUCCCCAUUUGAUGGUAUAUUGGGAUUGGCUUAUCCUGGUCUGUCUGUGGGUGGUGCCACCACUGUAAUGCAAGGAAUACUGCAGGAUAAUCUCCUGAAUCAGCCUAUUUUCAGUGUCUACCUUGGCAGCCAAUCAGGUGAGGUUAUUUUUGGAGGCGUGGAUUCCAGCCUUUACAAUGGCCAGAUCUCCUGGGCACCACUGUCUAAUGCGCUGUACUGGCAGGUUGCUCUUCAAGAAUUCUCCAUCAAUGGACAAGCUACUGGCUGGUGUAGCAAUGGCUGUGAGGCCAUUGUAGAUACUGGAACCACCCAGCUGAAUAUCCCAGCUCCAUACAUGCAACAGCUGCUUCCAUACCUUGGCAUUCAGAGUCAGAAUGGAGGAUAUAAUGUAAACUGCAACAACCUUCAGAGUAUGCCUACUCUUAGCUUCACCAUCAAUGGUGUUUCCUUCCCAUUGUCUCCAUCAGCUUAUAUUAUUCAGGAGAAUGGAUAUUGCUAUGCCAACUUCCUUAGCAUCAGCUUGCCAGCUCAGAAUGGAGACCCACUCUGGAUUCUGGGAGAUGUUUUCCUGAGGGAAUAUUAUUCCGUUUACGACUUUGGAAACAACCAGAUUGGCUUUGCUACAGUGGCAUAG